AUGGCUACCAACUCAUCAUCCUCUACUUCUGAUAUUAUCAUCUCAUCGUCUUCAUCCUCUCAUCAGAUGGAAACCUCUCAUCUUCCAAUCACAGCCCAUAAACUGAAUGGGCAAAAUUAUUUGCAAUGGUCUCAGUCCAUAUUAAUGUUUAUACGGGGAAAGGAGAAAGAUGACUACAUCACCGGAGCUUCGGCGGCACCAGAAACCACAGCAUCAACCUACAAAAAGUGGAUAGCAGAAAAUAAUAUGGUCAUGUCCUGGCUAGUCAACUCUAUGACCGCUGACAUUGGUGAAAAUUUUCUGUCAUUUGAUACUGCCAAAGAAAUCUGGGACACUGCAAAAGAAACUUUCUCAGACAAGGAAAACACAUCUGAAAUCAUCCAGAUUGAAGGCAUCCUCCACGAUUUGCGUCAAGGAAACCUUACGGUAACUGAAUAUUUCAAUACUCUUACUCGUCUAUGGCGUCAACUUGAUACGUUUGAGGUUCAUAACUGGAAUUGUGUUACAGAUGGUUUUUUGUAUAAAAAGAUUGUCGAAGGAAAACGUGUGUUUAAAUUUUUGUUAGGUUUGAACAAAAAUCUUGAUGAAAUCAGAGGAAGAAUCAUGGGAGUAAAACCCCUACCUAGCCUCAAAGAGGCAUUCUCUGAAGUCUGUCACGAAGAAAGUCGGAAAAAUCUCAUGAUGGGAUCCCAUCAACAACUGAAUAUGGCAGAAAGCUCGGCUCUUAAGACUCAAUUCGCUCCUUUUGACAACCGUCAAAAAAUUAAAGGAGGUAGACCUUGGUGUGAUCAUUGCAGAAAGUCGGGACACUCAAGAGAAACUUGCUGGAAGAUUCAUGGAAAGCCAGUAGAUUGGAAGCCACGUCAACCACUUGAGAAAGAAGGACGAGGCAAUCAUGUGGCUACCAAUGAACAAUCGCCACAACCUGAAGCUAGCCCUUUUAAUAAGGAGCAAAUGGAGAUGCUUCAGAAACUACUAUCUCCUCUUUUGUCAGUACAGUCACAAACUGGCUCAUCUUCCAACCAGGUCAUUGGUUCAGGAACCUUGGCUCACAAAGGAAUGCUAGGAUGCAAGCCGGUAGAAACACCUAUGGAUACAACUGUCAAACUGGAAGAAAGUGAUGGAAGUUCAGUGACUGAUCGGAGAUCAACUUCAGGCUAUUGUUCAUUUGUCUGGGGGAACUUGGUUACAUGGCGAAGCAAGAAACAGUCAGUGGUAGCCCGUAGCAAUGCUGAGGCAGAAUUUCGUGCUAUGGCACAAGGUAUCUGCGAGGGAAUCUGGUUGAACAGGCUGUUAGAAGAAUUACGGGUUCCAUUGAAGCAUCCCAUGGUGUUAUACUGCGACAAUCAAGCUGCCAUCAGUAUCGCUAAGAAUCCGGAUAUGUCUUUACAUGAUGUGAGAUUGGACUCGGAUUCUUUUUAUGGAUAUGGGUUUGGUGCCCCCAUGUAUGGCUGCACUGGUUAUGGGACUCUUAAUGGUUAUGGUGGAGCUACUGCUACUGGGUAUACUGGUUAUGGUGGUAAUGGGUAA